AUGCAUGCACCAGUCCGCAAAAUAUCACCAUUUUUCGAAAGCAAACCUUUGGAGCUGCCAGAGUUUCAAGAGAAAAAUAGCAUUUACUGGAGGUUGCGCGACAAUCUUCUUAGCCCUUCAAAUGCUUCAAAAUGGAUUGUCCUUAUGGAGAACGAAUACUCACCUGAACAGAUCGAGCUCUCAGCACAUAGUUCAAAACUUUGCGAGUCGAUAACAUUUGUAAAAGAGCAUAUGUCACGUUUUGAUGGCUGGCGUCUCGUUGUAGUCACGAAAGCACAUGAGAAUUGCACGCUUGCAAAAGAGAAUGUGCACUAUGUGAGGAGCGAAAGAGAAGAAGAUGAAGUUGAUAGGAAGGAGUUUUGGCUACAUGUAUGCAAUCAGAAAUGGGGCCAACUGGAUUUACGAUAUCGGCAAUGGCAUAACUCCAUCAGCACAUUUAAUUUCGAUUUCAACAGCUUUGUGGAUUUUAUGAUUCAGUGGCGAUGCAAAUACACAGUAAUGACUGAAUGCUUACUUGCUUUGGGCAAAGACUUUAGGUACCGAAAUUACUUCACAAAAAAGGACUAUCUGCACCUCGAAAUAUGGGUUGAUGCACUUGUAUCAAUCGGCUAUGAGUACCCUUUAAUGGAGCAAGAUGAGCAAACUUCUCAUGGAUAUCUCGACUGUAGGCAAGCCUACGUGAAUCUCACAUUUUCGCCAAAAGUAGACACUACAGUUCCAGAUGUCGGACUCGCUAAACAAAAAAUUGAGUAUUUAAGUGAUUUGGAAGAUUGGUGCGGAAGUGCGCUAGAACCAAACCAGACGAUAGACUCAACGUCCGUGAGUGAUCUGGACAUUGCGCACAGCAACAAUCCAGCAUUGUCGACAAAAAGAGAUUCGAUUCUCACUUAUCAGAACACCACAGAUGCUCUUGAUUACCUACUGGCAAGAAAUGGCGGUGAACCCAGCGACUUUUUUUACGUUCCAACUACGAAAAUUGACUUCUUCGUCGAUCUCAUGCGAAUCUUCUUUGAAGCUGGAGUGUUUGUAGAAAUUGCCGUGCUCAAAUAUCUUGCUGCAAUCGAGCACGUCGUGGCACCACAAGAGAAAGUGAUUGCUCGUCACGAGUUGGGUGGCGAUCCCUCAGCAAUCUACCACAGUGAUCUCAUCAUGUUGCAUCCAUUCAAACAGAGCUAUUUGAGAAAUCAAACCAUCAAGCAAGGGUACUGCACCACGGUAGUGCGAACAUUUAGAGAAAUGCUUUUGAAAGUAUGA